AAGUUAGUUUGAAAUCGUCGCUCGCUGAAUUCACUUCGCAUUUGAGCCGACCCGCACGUCACGCGGCCGUCGCGCAAACAAACAACAAACGACCGUCGAAGUCGAACUCGAAGUCGACGUUCAGUUCAAGUUGAAGUUGAAGCAAAUUACACAAAAUUUACCGCUUGUCUCGCACCUGUAUUUGUGUGUGUACGUGUUUUAGUCGCUGUCUCUUGUCCUGACUUCUUGUCCGUGCUCAUACAUCGUCUUCAUACUUCAAUCGCCGUUUUUGCGUGUCCUCGCUUCGCAUUUUGAUUCGCGUGUGUUUUUGUUUCAAUUCAAUUCAAUUUGUGUGUGUUUCGUGCAACAAGAAAUUGGCCACACAAAAAUUUGCAAAACCAAAAUCAAUUUUACAAAUAUUGUGAAAUCGUUGUCCCUGAUCCCCUCGCAUCAUACUUCAUGUAUUUUAUUGGCCGCAUAAAAUAAGAAGGAAGCAGGCAACCAAAAAGAAAAUAAUAAAAGAAAAGUGCCCAAAGUGAAAAAGACAAAAUCAGAAAAAAAGGAGAUGUGCACAAAAUACAAAUAAAAAUCGCAAUCACAGUCGCAAUUGAAUGUGGAAUAUAAUGUUGUAAAUCAAGAAUAAAAAUAAAAGUGAAGUGCUGAACAACAACAAUCGAAAGAGCAACAACAAGAGCUCCUUGGAGGAGUGAGUUGAGUUGAUUUCUUCUCACUAACACGAAAAAAAAGAAAACAAACUUCUCUUCUCUUCGCUUCUCAUCUACCAUCUAUCCUUCUAUCUAUCUAUCUAUCUCUCUCUCUCUGUCCGUGUGGAGUGUCGGCUUUCUGGGCCCCACAACAAAAAGCCGCCAAAAUUAAGUUCUCAAAGCAGAAUCAACAUCACGCAUACCGUCACACGGACAAUCUCUACGACGGUGGCACCGACACCGACGACGACGAAUGUCCAUUGGAGUCGACCACAAUGAAUCCCUAUGAGUAUGAGUCGACGCUCGAUUGCCGCGACACUGGCGGCGGCCCCCUCCCGCACUCACCCUGCCCCGGCACACUGCCCAUGACAGGACGCCACCUGGCGACAAGCGGCGGAGGCGGCAACGGCGGAGGAGGAUCACACAGCCAAACGCUGCAGCAUCAAAACCAACAGAAUUUGCAAGUCGCCGCCGCAGCUGCAGCCGCUGCUGCGGCUGCUCAACAGUCGUCGUCACACUACGAUUACGAGUAUCAGCAUUUGCCGCAUCGUCCACCGGAUAACACAGCAGCCAACUUGACGGCGCAACGCACACACGGCAGACAAGGCUUUCUCCUGGAGGGAGUCACGCCAACGGCACCACCGGAUGUUCCGCCACGUAAUCCGACAAUGAGUCGCAUGAAUAAUGCCCGUUUAAUUGCCGGCGCUGUUGCUAACAAUCCCAAUGAUCUGGGCGUUGACUUUGAGCCAUCGUGUUUGGUGCGGACGCCAUCGGGCAACGUUUACAUUCCUAGUGGAAAUAUAAAUAUCAACAAGGGCUCACCCAUUGACUAUAAGAGCGGAUCGGCCUGUUCCACACCCACAAAAGACACACUCAAAGGGGGCUACGAGCGCAGCACGCAAGGCUGCCCGGUGCUGCCGCCCAGGAGCAUGAACGGAAUGCCCACACAUCAUUAUUCGGCGCCGAUGAACUUUCGCAAGGAUCUGCCCGCCUGGUGCUCAGCCAACUGGCUGAGCAUUGUCGCCUUCUCAGCCGUUGCACUGUUCUGCAUUGUCCUCAUUCUGUUGACCAGCACCGGCAAACUGUCAUGGUCACCCACGGCUCCCUGCACCGUGCUCGUUGGCAACGAGGCGGCCGAGGUUACGGCCGCGAAGAGCACAAACACUGAUCUAUCCAAGCUGCAUAAUGCAUCGGUUCGCGCGAAAAAUGGUCAAGGAAUUGGAAUUAUACAAGGACAGGGUGGUGGACCUGGCGGCGGCGGAGGGACAUCGACGGCAACCGUGACGACGGCCACAUCGAACAGUGGGACAGCGCAGGGAUUACAGUCGACAUCCGCUUCGGCUGAGGCAACCUCAUCUGCAGCGGCUGCCACUGCAACAUCCUCGUCGCAAUCGUCGCUGGCGCCAUCGACUUCAUUGUCCUCAUCCUUGGCGAAUGCCAAUAAUGGAGUAAUUUCGCUCAUCCAAGCUCGCAUACCUGUAGCAAGCCGGCAAGCAAUGUCAACGCUGCUGGCUGUCAACAAGAAGGUUGCUGUUGCGAAGAAGAAGCAGCGUCGUCAACGUCGCGAUGCCGCAACUUUAAUGCACUGGCAUGGCAAUGAAGAUGAGGAUGAGGAUGGGGAUGAGGAUGAAGCUGAGGAUGAACACAAAGAUGAAGCCGCUGAAAGUUUCAGCGACUUAAUUACAACCCCAAGUGGAGUUCAUAUACAAAAGUAUUUGGCUUCCACUGCGCCAAGAAUGGAAAGUAUUGAGAAAUUUACUGAGCAGCAACAACAGCACAUUGAGUCAACUGUCAGCGCAGCGGGUGCCAAGGAAAGCAAUUACGCUGAAGCUGCACACAAAAUCGAUGGAAUAUUGAAUACAAGCCAUGAUGAUACCUUUGUGGACGACAUCAGUGACUAUGACUAUGGAGAUGAUGACGAUGUCGUGGUGCUGAAGGCAGCGACGACAGUGCGGCCAGCGCCUAAAACUAGGCAACAAUUUGGCAAAUCAUUAAACGGCAAUUUAGCCAAAGCAGGUAAAAUGCUUGCUAAGCCCAAACGGAAGCUGGAGCAGGAGCUGAUGGAGCUGGAGUUUGAACUGAAAGCAGAGACCAACAGCGGCGAUAACAUUCAAGUUGAAUCAGAUACUGAGGCAAGCAGCAUUACUCCUGUUAUUGAUGACUAUAAUCAAAGUGACAGUGGCAGCGCAAGCAAGAGCACAAGCGGCAGGGUGGCUGAGGCUGAGGACGAGGAUGAAGAUGAAGAUGAGAAUGAGGAGGGUUCAGCACUGACAACGACAAUGUCGCCGGGAAGUGACAACGAUGACAUUGUUGAAAUCAACACCAGCAGCAGCAAAAGCAGCAGCAGCGUGAAGGAGAUUGAGGCGACAUCUACAACCAUCUAUGUUAUUGAAAAUGAUUUUCAAAUCAAAGAGAAGCUGGAGUCGGAGUCGGAGUUGGAGAACAAACCUGUCGCUGAUGAUAACAAUAAUGAGCGUGAUUUGGCCGACAACUAUGAGCAGCACAAAGGAAAGGAGCUGGGGCAGCAGAGCAUAAAUCACACGGUGUCCGAUUUGAUGUUGAGCGAUGCGGCUCAUUUCGAUAAUGAGGACAUCGAUAUAGUCAAAUUGGACGAGGCUCCCCACUCCAAUGAAGUGGACGUCUAUAAGAUGGCAGUGGAACAGCCCGCGAAGGCGAAGCCAUUGCAAGCACCUGCACCACCUCCACCACCUCCAACCAGCGAAAAUGAGGUGCUUAAAGAACAAGAACAGGACGUGGUCCAGGCAGCUCAUUUGACGCCAUUGAAACCAUAUGUCAGCGAACGCAUUGAUCAGCCGGGCAAGCGAAUACUGGUCAACUUGACAAUUGCCACCGAUGAUGGCAGCGAUUCCAUCUACACACUUCACGUUGCCGUGCCCACAGGCGGUGGCUCUCACAAUGUGGAGCAGCUGCUAACGCAUGAGCACAGGCAGCUCGAAGAGCAACCCAGCAACAACAUUGAUAACAUCGGCAGCUGCUUAUCGGAGCCGCCUCCCCGCAUGCCCGAUUGUCCCUGCAGUUGCCUGCCUCCGUUGCCUGUCGAAAGCGAAGACAACGAACUCGACAUAGACUCGAUGCGCGUAAAAAAUGCUAACGAUAAUGUUGAGGAAGAUCGUGUGAAUGACAUUGAGCUGGCUCCACUUGCAUCCACCACUGCUGCACCACCUGCCACAACUACUAACUCCUUCAAUGAGACUGCUACUGACAAUGCUAAUGAUGUUGUUACUGAUCGCACUGCUGAACAGUUUGCAUGCCCUGAUGUAAUGCCUAUACUCAUACUGGAAGGUGCUCGCACAUUCCCAGCGCGUAGUUUUCCACCAGAUGGCACCACUUUUGGUCAGAUAACAUUGGGCCAGAAGUUGACAAAGGAGAUACAACCGUACAGUUAUUGGAACAUGCAAUUCUAUCAAUCGGAGCCGGCGUAUGUCAAGUUCGACUAUACCAUACCGCGAGGUGCAUCCAUUGGUGUCUAUGGACGUCGCAAUGCUUUACCCACACACACUCAAUAUCACUUCAAGGAGGUGCUGAGUGGUUUUAGUGUGAGCACACGCACCGCUCGAGCGGCACACCUUUCGAUAACUCGCGAAGUCACACGCUACAUGGAGCCAGGUCAUUGGUUCGUUUCGCUCUACAACGAUGAUGGGGAUGUGCAGGAAUUGACCUUCUAUGCAGCCAUUGCCGAGGAUAUGACACAAAACUGUCCAAACGGUUGCUCCGGCAAUGGACAGUGUCUGCUUGGGCAUUGUCAGUGUAAUCCCGGUUUUGGUGGCGACGAUUGCAGCGAAAGUGUUUGUCCAGUGUUGUGCUCGCAGCAUGGCGACUACACCAAUGGCGAAUGCAUUUGCAAUCCCGGCUGGAAGGGCAAGGAAUGCUCCCUGCGCCACGACGAAUGCGAGGUUGCUGAUUGCAAUGGUCAUGGUCACUGCGUUAGCGGCAAGUGCCAAUGCAUGCGCGGCUACAAGGGCAAAUUCUGCGAAGAAGUGGACUGUCCACAUCCGAAUUGCUCGGGACACGGUUUCUGCGCUGACGGUACUUGCAUCUGCAAGAAGGGCUGGAAGGGCGUGGAUUGCGCCACCAUGGAUCAGGAUGCUCUGCAAUGCUUACCCGACUGCUCGGGCCAUGGCACUUUCGAUCUGGACACACAGACCUGCACCUGCGAGAGCAAGUGGAGUGGCGACGAUUGCUCAAAGGAGCUGUGCGAUCUGGACUGCGGUCAGCAUGGACGUUGCGAGGGCGAUGCUUGCGCCUGUGAUCCCGAAUGGGGCGGAGAUUAUUGCAAUACACGACUCUGUGACAGUCGUUGCAAUGAGCAUGGUCAGUGCAAGAAUGGAACGUGUCUUUGUGUCACCGGCUGGAAUGGCAAGCAUUGCACCAUCGAGGGUUGUCCUAACAGUUGUGCGGCACAUGGUCAAUGUCGAGUCAGUGGCGAGGGACAAUGGGAAUGCCGUUGCUACGAGGGCUGGGAUGGACCCGAUUGUGGCAUCGCUCUGGAGUUGAACUGCGGCGACAGCAAGGACAAUGACAAAGAUGGCCUAGUUGACUGUGAAGAUCCCGAGUGUUGUGCCAGCCACGUCUGUAAGAACUCCCAGCUGUGUGUUUCCGCACCCAAGCCCAUUGAUGUGCUUUUGAGAAAGCAGCCACCAGCAAUUACCGCCUCGUUCUUUGAGCGCAUGAAAUUCCUGAUCGACGAGAGCAGUCUGCAAAACUACGCCAAACUGGAAGCUUUUAAUGAGAGCAUUUUUUGGAAUUAUUUCAAUGCAAGCCGAUCUGCAGUUAUUCGCGGACGCGUUGUCACCUCCCUGGGCAUGGGACUGGUUGGCGUGCGUGUCUCCACCACAACUGUACUGGAAGGAUUUACACUUACCCGCGACGAUGGCUGGUUCGAUCUGAUGGUGAACGGUGGCGGUGCUGUGACGCUGCAAUUUGGACGUGCCCCCUUCCGGCCACAGUCACGCAUUGUUCAAGUGCCAUGGAACGAGGUUGUCAUCAUCGAUAUGAUGGUCAUGAGCAUGUCCGAUGAAAAGGCUUUGGCUACCACAACCACACACACUUGCUUCUCCCACGACUACGAUCAAAUGAAGCCGGUGGUGUUGGCCUCCUGGAAACAUGGCUUCCAAGGCGCCUGCCCCGAUCGCAGUGCCAUUCUCGCCGAGUCGCAGGUCAUUCAGGAAUCCCUGCAAAUUCCCGGCACCGGUUUGAAUCUCGUCUACCACUCGUCACGCGCUGCUGGCUAUUUGUCAACGAUCAAACUGCAAUUGACACCGGACACCAUUCCUGCUACACUGCAUCUAAUCCAUCUGCGUAUCACCAUUGAAGGCAUAUUGUUUGAGCGUGUGUUUGAGGCAGACCCGGGCAUCAAGUUCACCUACGCCUGGAAUCGCUUGAACAUCUACAGACAGCGUGUCUAUGGCGUAACCACUGCGGUCGUCAAGGUCGGUUAUCAGUACACCGACUGCAAGGACAUUGUCUGGGAUAUACAGACAACCAAAUUGAGCGGCCACGACAUGUCUAUCUCUGAGGUGGGUGGCUGGAACUUGGACAUCCAUCAUCGUUACAAUUUCCACGAGGGCAUUCUGCAAAAGGGCGACGGUUCGAACAUUUAUCUGCGCAACAAACCCCGCAUCAUCCUCACCACCAUGGGUGAUGGUCAUCAGCGUCCGCUGGAGUGCCAGGACUGCGAUGGUUAUGCUCUGAAGCAGCGUCUGCUUGCGCCCGUUGCUCUGGCCGCCGCUCCCGAUGGCAGUCUGUUUGUAGGCGACUUCAAUUACAUUCGCCGCAUCAUGACCGACGGCACCAUUCGCACUGUAGUCAAGCUGAACGCCACCCGAGUGUCGUAUCGUUAUCACAUGGCUCUGAGUCCUUUGGAUGGCACACUGUACAUCUCUGACCCCGAAUCUCAUCAGAUUAUCCGCGUGCGCAACAUGAGCGAUUAUGACCGUCCGGAACAGAACUGGGAACCCGUUGUGGGCUCCGGUGAGCGUUGUCUGCCCGGAGAUGAGGCGCAUUGCGGUGAUGGCGCCUUGGCCAAGGAUGCCAAGCUCGCCUAUCCCAAGGGCAUUGCCAUCUCCAGCGAUAAUAUCUUGUACUUCGCUGAUGGCACCAACAUUCGCAUGGUCGAUCGCGAUGGCAUCGUGAGCACCUUGAUUGGCAAUCACAUGCACAAGUCCCACUGGAAACCCAUUCCCUGCGAGGGCACACUCAAGCUGGAGGAGAUGCACUUGCGUUGGCCCACCGAACUGGCUGUUUCGCCCAUGGAUAACACUCUGCACAUUAUUGACGAUCACAUGAUCUUACGCAUGACCCCUGAUGGCCGAGUUCGCGUGAUUUCCGGCCGUGUACAACAUUGUGCCACAGCCUCCACUGUCUACGAUGCAGAGUUGGCCACACACGCUACCCUCGUGAUGCCGCAGUCCAUUGCCUUUGGUCCACUGGGUGAACUGUUUGUUGCCGAAAGCGAUUCACAGCGCAUUAAUCGCGUGCGCGUCAUUGGCACCGAUGGACGCAUUGCUUCGUUUGCAGGCGCCGAAUCCAAGUGCAAUUGCCUGGAGCGUGGCUGCGAUUGCUUCGAAGCUGAUCACUAUUUGGCCACGAGUGCCAAGUUCAACACAAUUGCCGCUUUGGCUGUAACACCCGACGGUCAUGUGCACAUUGCUGAUCAGGCCAAUUAUCGCAUUCGCUCGGUCAUGUCCAGCAUUCCGGAGGCGAGUCCGUCGCGUGAAUACGAGAUCUACGCACCCGACAUGCAGGAGAUUUACAUCUUCAAUCGCUUUGGCCAACACGUGUCCACCAGGAACAUCUUAACAGGCGAGACAACCUAUGUGUUUACCUACAACGUCAACACCUCUAAUGGCAAACUGAGCACGGUGACGGAUGCGGCGGGCAACAAAGUGUUCCUACUACGCGACUACACCUCGCAGGUGAACUCGAUUGAGAACACCAAGGGCCAGAAGUGCCGACUGCGAAUGACGCGCAUGAAGAUGCUGCACGAGCUGAGCACUCCCGAUAACUACAAUGUCACCUACGAGUAUCAUGGACCCACCGGACUGCUAAAGACUAAACUGGACUCCACCGGACGUUCUUAUGUCUACAACUACGAUGAGUUUGGUCGCUUGACCUCGGCUGUGACUCCCACCGGACGUGUCAUUGAGCUCACCUUCGAUCUGAGCGUGAAAGGUGCCCAGGUUAAGGUCUCCGAGAAUGCACAGAAGGAGAUCUCAAUGCUCAUUCAGGGCUCUACAGUUGUGGUGAAGAAUGGCGCCGCCGAGUCGCGCACCACGGUGGGCAUGGAUGGCUCCACCACCAGCAUUACACCUUGGGGACACAAUCUGCAAAUGGAAGUGAUGCCGUACACCAUCCUGGCCGAGCAGAGCCCUCUGCUAGGCGAGAGUUAUCCAGUGCCCGCCAAGCAGCGCACCGAGAUUGCCGGCGAUCUGGCUAAUCGUUUCGAGUGGCGUUACUUUGUGCGUCGCCAGCAGCCGCUGCAGCCAGGCAAACAGAACAAGGGAGCUCCGCGCCCCGUCACCGAGGUCGGACGCAAAUUACGCGUCAAUGGCGACAAUGUGCUGACCCUGGAGUACGAUCGUGAGACGCAAUCGGUUGUGGUGAUGGUCGACGACAAGCAGGAACUUCUCAAUGUUACCUAUGAUCGCACCUCACGUCCUGUUAGCUUCCGUCCGCAGUCGGGCGAUUAUGCCGACGUGGAUCUCGAGUACGAUCGCUUUGGACGCUUGGUCAGCUGGAAGUGGGGUGUGCUGCAGGAGGCCUACACCUUCGAUCGCAACGGUCGCCUCAAUGAGAUCAAAUAUGGCGACGGUUCGUCGAUGGUCUACACCUUUAAGGACAUGUUUGGCUCGCUGCCGCUUAAGGUGACCACGCCACGCAGAUCAGAUUAUUUGCUGCAAUACGACGAUGCGGGUGCAUUGCAGAGUUUGACAACGCCACGCGGACACAUUCAUUCGUUCUCGCUGCAAACAUCGCUUGGCUUCUUCAAGUACCAAUACUACUCGCCCAUUAAUCGCCAUCCCUUCGAGAUACUGUACAACGAUGAGGGACAAAUACUCGCCAAGAUCCAUCCACAUCAAUCGGGCAAGGUUGCCUUUGUGCAUGAUGCUGCCGGCCGUCUUGAGACCAUUCUGGCUGGACUCUUCAGCACCCACUAUACGUAUCAGGAGAGCACCAGCUUGGUCAAGUCCGUGGAGGUGCAGGAGCCAGGCUUUGAACUGCGUCGCGAGUUCAAGUACCACGCCGGCAUACUCAAGGAUGAGAAGCUCCGCUUUGGCUCCAAGAAUUCACUGUCUUCUGCUCACUACAAAUAUGCCUACGAUGGCAACGCACGCUUGAGUGGCAUUGAGAUGGCCAUCGAUGACAAGGAGCUGCCCACCACACGCUACAAGUACAGCCAGAAUCUGGGACAACUUGAGGUGGUGCAGGAUCUGAAGAUCACACGCAAUGCCUUCAAUCGCACUGUCAUCCAAGACUCAGCCAAACAGUUCUUUACCAUUGUGGAUUACGAUCAACAUGGUCGUGUGAAGAGCGUGUUGAUGAACAUCAAGAGCUUCGAUGUGUUCCGCCUGGAACUCGACUACGAUCUGCGCAAUCGCAUCAAGUCACAGAAGACAACUUUCGGAAGAUCGACAGCCUUCGAUAAGAUCAACUACAAUGCCGAUGGUCAUGUGAUUGAGGUAUUGGGCACCAACAACUGGAAGUAUUUGUAUGAUGAGAAUGGCAACACUGUGGGCAUUGUCGAUCAGGGCGAGAAAAUCAACCUAGGCUAUGAUAUUGGCGAUCGUGUCAUCAAAGUGGGCGACAUUGAGUUCAACAACUACGAUGCUCGUGGUUUUGUGGUGCGUCGUGGCGAACAGAAGUAUCGCUACAACAAUCGUGGUCAAUUGAUUCAUGCCUUUGAACGCGAUCGUUUCCAGAGCUGGUACUACUACGAUGAUCGCAGCCGCCUGGUCGCUUGGCAUGAUAGCAAGGGCAACGUUACCCAGUACUUCUAUGCCAACCCCAAGACACCCAAUCUGGUCAGUCACGUGCAUUUCCCCGAACAGGGCAAGACCAUGAAGUUCUACUAUGAUGAUCGUGAUAUGUUGAUUGCCUUGGAGCAUGCUGAGCAGCGUUACUAUGUGGCCACCGAUCAGAAUGGUUCGCCUCUCGCUUUCUUCGAUAUGAAUGGCGGCAUUGUCAAGGAGGUUAAGCGCACGCCUUUCGGUCGCACCAUUAAGGACACCAAACCGGACUUCUUUGUACCCAUCGAUUUCCAUGGCGGUCUCAUUGAUCCGCACACCAAACUGAUCUACACAGAGCGACGACAAUACGAUCCCACGGUUGGUCAAUGGAUGACACCGCUCUGGGAGACCCUGGCCACCGAAAUGUCCAAUCCCACCGAUGUGUUUAUCUACCGCUAUCACAACAACGAUCCCAUCAAUCGCAACAAGCCACAGGAUUACAUGAUCGAUCUAGAUGCUUGGCUGCGACUCUUUGGCUACGAGCUGAACAACAUGCAGAGCAAUCGCUACACCAAGUUGUCACAGUACACACCUCAGGCCAGCAUUAAGUCCAAUACGCUGGCACCCGACUUCGGUGUGAUCUCCGGUCUCGAGUGCAUUGUGGAGAAGACAAACGAGAAGUUUAGUGACUUCGACUUCGCGCCCAAGCCACUGCUGAAAAUGGAGCCUAAGAUGCGCAAUCUGUUGCCACGUGUCAGCUAUCGUCGUGCUGUGUUUGGCGAAGGUGUGUUGCUCUCCAGGAUCGGCGGACGUGCGCUGGUCAGCGUUGUGGAUGGCUCGAAUAGCGUGGUGCAAGAUGUGGUUAGCUCGGUGUUUAACAACUCCUACUUCUUGGAUCUACACUUUAGCAUACACGAUCAGGAUGUCUUCUACUUUGUCAAGGACAAUGUGCUGAAGCUGCGUGACGAUAACGAAGAACUGCGUCGCCUGGGUGGCAUGUUUAACAUAUCAACACACGAGAUUAGCGAUCAUGGUGGCAGUGCUGCUAAGGAACUGCGUCUCCAUGGCCCCGAGGCUGUGGUCAUCAUCAAGUAUGGCGUGGACCCCGAGCAGGAGCGUCAUCGCAUCCUGAAGCAUGCACAUAAGCGUGCUGUAGAGCGUGCAUGGGAGCUGGAGAAACAGCUGGUAGCAGCUGGUUUCCAGGGUCGUGGCGAUUGGACCGAGGAGGAGAAGGAAGAGCUGAUACAGCAUGGAGAUGUGGAUGGCUGGAUUGGCAUCGAUAUACACAGCAUACACAAGUAUCCGCAGCUGGCCGAUGAUCCUGGCAAUGUCGCCUUUCAGCGCGAUGCCAAACGCAAGCGUCGCAAGUCUGGCAACAGCCACCGAAUGAGCUCGAAUCGCCGACAACAGCAGAAAUAUGGUGAAGUGAGUGCGUGAGUGGAGGAGCAAGACCUGGAGCUGGAGCUAGAAAGUGAAGCAGCUGGUGAAGAGUAUGAAUACGGGCCGGAUGGUGAGGUGGAGCAGGAAGAGGACUUGGACUACUUGAUAGCCGUGGAAAAGAUUGCCGCCAAUCAGCAGAGGAAGAGCAGCGAGGCAACUGAGGAGCAGUUUUUGUAAUUAUCUAGGUGAAAUACAACAGCACAAUACACACAAGACACAACUACACUCCAAAAUACACUUCAACUUAAAUAAUUAAUAUAAACUUUAAUAGCAUUUAAAGUUUAGUAUUAGUCAGCAGCCACAGCAGCAGCAGCAGCA